AUGGCUCGGCUAUGCCGGGAAGAAGCCAAGAAGCUCAUCAACCGCGGCGCCUUUCACCGCCAGGUCGUUCUCGAGGUGGUUACCCAGUUUGGUGACCUCCUGUGCUGUGCGCAGCCAAAACUGCAGAGGGAUGAGGAGGUGGUGCUGGCCGCGGUUGCCAGCAGCUGCUGGGCCGUGAAGUACGUGGCAGGUGAGCUUCUGGCAGACGAUAACUUCGCGCUGGAGAUGGUCCGAGCAAACCCAUUGGCUUUGCGCAUGCUUCCGGAGCGCCUGCAGCGCGAUCCGGACAUGUUGUUGGCCGGGUGCGCCCGGGAUGCCCGGUGCUUCGAGCUGGCUGGACCGCUGCAGAACGACCCCGCCUUCGCCUUUGAGGCGGUUUGUUGCAACCCCUGGGUCCUGGAGUUUGUGCCGGAGGCCUUCAAGGCGCAGCCGGAGCUGGUGGCCGCCGCGGUGGCCGCGGACGGCGCCGCGCUGCGCUGGGCGCCCGCGCUGCGCGGGGAGCGGUGGCUGGCGCUGACCGCAGUGCAGAGCCGAGCGGCGGCCAUGGCGCACGUAGACCCGGAGCUGCUCAGCGACCGAAGCUUCGUGCUGGAGGCGGUGGCCCUGCAGGGCGCCGCGCUGCAGCACGCGGCGCCGUUCCAGGCGGAUGAGGACCUAGUGCUGCAGGCGCUGCGUAGCGACAUCUCCGCGCUGGACUACAGCCCGCUGAAGUGCCAGCGGCGCUUUGUGCUGCAAGCGGUGGAGCUGAGAGGCCUCAGCCUCCAGUUUGUGGCAGAGCUGCAGGAGGACAGGGAGGUAGUUCUGGCAGCGGUGUCGUCGGCGGGCCGGGCGCUCGAGUUCGCAAGUCAGAGCCUGCAGAAAGAUCAGGAGGUGGUGUGGCGGGCGAUUUGCCAGGACCCUUCUGCGCUGGACUUCUCACCGCUGCGGGAGGACAAAGCCUUCCUCCUGCGCUGCACGAGCCGCCCGGCGGCGUUGGCCCACGGCUCACCAGGCCUCUUGUCCGAGAAGGCCUUCGCCUUCGCCCUGCUUGCCCAGGAUGCUCGAGCGAUCUUCGGGCUCCUCUCGAGCGAUCUCCAGCGGGACCAACAUGUGCGGCUGCACGCGGCAGCACUGGGGGCAGACCUGAACGAAGGGGUCGAGGAGGUGUCGCGGCUUCGCUCAGCGCAGGGCAUGGUGAAGCGGCAUCCCACGAGCAGGAAUAUGACCUUGCGGGCGGUUGCCUUGCACCCCUUGGCGCUUUGGCACCUCGGCAUGGGCUACGGCAGAAAAGCUGCCGAGGCCCAGGACCGCUCUUUGAUUAGAAAAGGCGCCUUGCGCGGAGGUGGGGAGCCUUCGGACCUCGUCGCGCGAUGCACCCAGCUGGCGGACGCCACCGUGGUGGGCCUGCGAUUCAGCCCUGAUCACGCAGCGCGUGCCAAGAUCCCUCCGGUGCGAUUCCACUUCGUGCUAGACAAUAGCGGCAGCAUGGGCAACAACUCCCUUGUCGCCAAGGACCGCUUUGCCGACUUGGCCUCGGUAGCCACGCUGGGCGUCUCCUUGGUGUCCUUCGACAGCUCCGCGCAGCUCUUGGGCACCGCCUUCACCACGCCGCAGCAGCUCCGCGACGUAAAGCUGCCGCGCCAGGGAGGCACCAACAUCACAGCAGGCAUCCAGUCUUCCCUGGCGGUUAUCCGGAAGUUUGCUGCGGAGGAGGAUGCGCACCAUUUGCUGGUCCUACUGAGUGACGGGCAGCACAUGACGGGCCCUGCGCCCAGGGCGGCGCUGCCCCAGAUGGGCGCGGAGUUGAAGAAGGACUUCCCUCAGCUGCGUUUGUCGGUGGUCGUGGUGGGCGUCACCCGCAGUUCUGACACCUCGUUGGGCAUGCUCCUGAAGGAGACCUUAGAGACAGCGCCUUUGCCCGACCUGCAGCCCAUCUACUUUGCCGACUCGCCUCAACAGAUGACAACGACCCUGGAGCAGAUGCACGUGGGCCUUACCUCCCUGCAGGGUGCAAUGGUGACUGUGAGUCUCAGUGAGGGCUGCUUCAUUCGGGCAGGGCAGGAUGGAGAGAAGACGACGCAGGUGCUGGCCAACGAGCGGGAGCAGGUGCUUUUGUGCCAGGGAGCUGUUCCGAACAUCACUGUGGAUGGCAAGCUCUACGAGGUCGAGGUGGAGCCGUUCAACGCCAGCCUUAUCACCAAGGCUUUGGAUGAUCAGCUGGCUGCCGCCCGUAUCCGGCGUAUCGCCAGUGGCGCCGAAAGUGUCCGCCCGGCAGUGAAGCAGCUGGGCGCUUGGAUCCGGGUGCUGGAGAAGGCCGCCGCGCCUGAGAAGCUGAACCUGGCGAAGGCCAGUGCCAAGGAGCGCUUGGCGCAGCACCGGUCGCUGGUGGCGGCGGCGCACGGGUUCCGAGCCUUGCGCAAUCAGCUGGCAGAGCUGGACGCUUAUGCUGCCAACGACUCCGCCAGCCAGGCAGCUUUCCUCACUGGCGCCAGCCGGAAGUAUGGAGCCAAGGCCCUGCGCCGUGCCAACGACAACGAGGUGAACCCUGAGCAGCGCCGACGGGAGCUCAUCGCUGAGGCAAAGCAGCUGCAGCCUCGCAUGCGCCGCGCCCUGCUGGAAGACUUGUGCAGCAAGCUCUGCUGCGAUGAGGCGCUGCAACGGGCACUACCAACUGGUGCAGUUCCCGAGGAGGUCAUGCGGAAGAUUUGCGCUGGCGAGCUUCCGGCAGAGGUCGAUGAGUCGCUGGCAGAGUUCUUGGAGGGCCCAGUGCUCCAGAAGGUGACUGCCAACUGCAGGCGGUCCUAUGUGUCCCUGCAAACUGCCAUGGAGCAGUUGCACGAGUGGGUAGACUUCAAUGGCCUGGACAGUUGCGACACGGAGUAUGAGCUUCUGAUGUGCCUGGGCACCGUAGGCUACCCCAUCGACGUGAAGCGCCGCGAUGCCACGCAGAUGAAUCCCUACGCCAUGGACGUCACGCGCCUGCGCCCCAGCGCGGUGGACACGGCCUCGGUCUGCACGGCGCAGCACAGUGAGCAGCCGGUGGUGCCCGUGGAGGGGGGCGCGGCCAUCGAGGAGAUGUGCUGGUUCUCGUAG